UGCUGGUCAUUCCCGGGGUGCGGGUCAUUCCCGGGCUGGGGGUCAUUCCCGAGUGGUGAAUUCCCGUGGUGGGAGUCAUUCUAGGGGCGCGGGUCAUUCCCGGGCGGUGAAUUCCUGAGAGCUCCGGUCCGCGGGGCCGGCCCCGAUGCGGGCAGGAGCCGGCGCCGGGCCAUGAGCAACGCCACGGCCCCCACGGCCCCGGGCGCGGCGGGGGACUCGCUGGUGGGCUCCGUGCUGGGGCCCUUCCUCCUCCUCACCCUCCUCGGCGCCCUCCUGGCCGCGGUGAUGUACGUCAAGAAGAAGCGCAGGUCCGACCGGCUGCGGCACCGGCUGCUGCCCAUGUACAGCUACGACCCGGCUGAGGAGCCGCCCGAGUCGGAGCAGGAGCUGCUGGCGGAGGCCGAGGAGGCUCAGGUGGUGCCCGGCUGGGGGGGACCCUCGCCCGCUUGGCCACCGCGCAGGGACUGGAGGGCCUGACUCUGCCUGGAGCACCGGGACCCCCGGAUCCUGCCCCUGACUCUGCCUGGAGCACCGGGACCCCCGGAUCCCGCCCGCGGGAGGGAAGGGAGCACGGGGGCAGCGCUGGUUCCACCAGCCAGAACGGGCAGGACGUGCCCUCAGUGGUGCCACGAUGCCACAGCCGCUGCCCCCACCUCUGAGCGCUGACCAGGAGGGGACAUCUCCUACCUCAGUGCCUGGUUUUGCUUUUUUUUUUUUUUUUUUUUUUGCUUGAACUGGUCCAGCAGCUCCUCGGACAGCCCAGGAGGGCCCGCUGGGGCUGGCAGACCGGCGGGGAGCAGCAGGCUCUGCUGGCACGGGAUGCCUGGGGGAAGAUGGGGUGAAUAAACGUGUCUCUGCCUUGGC